CCCCCCCCGAGGCGCUCUCAUCCCCGGCCCGCCCCUGCACAGCCCGGGGGGCUCUGUAGCUCCCCGUCGCCCGCACACCCGAGCGGCGCCGCGCAGCUCCCCCGCAGCCCGGUGCCCGCCGCAGGCGAGAGGCAGCCGGCGGGGCGGGGGCACGGGCACGGGCGGGGCCGCCCCUCCGCCGGGCGCGCAGCUAUAAGGGCAGCGCGGAGCGGCCCGCAGCGCGGCGGGAGCUAUGGGCAACCGCGUCACCCGCGGGGACUUCGAGUGGGUCUACACGGAGCAGCCCCACACGCAGCGCAGGAAGGAGAUCCUGGCAAAGUAUCCAGAGAUCAAGGCUUUGAUGGGACCGGAUCCACAGUUAAAGUGGAUUGUAUCUGGAAUGGUCUUCACGCAGUUUCUAGCCUGCUACCUGGUGAAAGACUUGUCUUGGAAAUGGAUUUUCUUCUGGGCUUAUGCUUUUGGGGGUUGUGUCAACCAUUCUCUGACCCUAGCCAUCCAUGAUAUUUCACACAACGUCGCCUUUGGGAACAAGCAGGCCAAGUGGAACAGAUGGUUUGCAGUCUUUGCCAACUUGCCAAUUGGCAUCCCUUAUUCUGCCUCCUUCAAGAAAUACCACAUUGACCAUCAUCGGUACCUUGGUGGGGACAGCCUGGAUGUGGAUAUUCCUACAGACUUUGAAGGCUGGUUCUUCUGUACACCGCUUCGGAAACUGCUUUGGCUUUUCCUCCAGCCUCUGUUCUACAGUCUGAGACCACUGUAUGUGAACCCCAAAGCAAUUACACGGAUGGAAAUUUUUAACGCUCUCAUCCAGUUUUCUAUAGACCUUUUAAUUUACUACUUUUGGGGGCUCAAACCUAUUUUUUACUUAAUAGCAGGCUCAAUUCUUUGCAUGGGUUUGCAUCCCAUUUCUGGGCACUUCAUAGCAGAACAUUACAUGUUUUUAAAAGGGUAUGAGACAUACUCUUAUUACGGGCCUCUGAAUUGGCUCACCUUUAAUGUAGGCUACCACAUGGAGCAUCAUGACUUCCCCAGCAUUCCCGGCUGCAGAUUGCCGAUGGUGAAGAAGAUUGCAGCAGAAUAUUACGAUAACCUCCCACAUCACCAGUCCUGGAUUCGAGUUCUGUGGGCCUUUGUGUUUGAUGACACUAUUGGUCCUUAUUCAAGGGUUAAGAGACUGUGCAAGCUGGCAAAAGCAAGCUAACAGACUAGCUCUGCCUGUUGCAUUGGUGGUUUGUUCAUUCGAAUGACUUUUCUGCAGCAGUAGUAGGAUGUUUGUGUGUGCUGGGUUAGCAUGGAUGCGUGCUCCUUAGACUAAGAGGUUGAGUGUGAAAAUGAAGCAAUUGGAUGCCUAUUUUCUAUUAUUGAUACCUUUUUAAUAAAGGAUAUUUCUGUAUAUAACCCUGAGAAACUAGAUUAGAGUGAGCUAUGAUCAUGUGAACCUUUGGUCUAGGCUUAGAAUUAAGUUCCUGGACCAUGUGUGCCCAAGUCUGAGUUCUGGCCUAGCAUGCAAUGGAGGAUGCUUGGUGCGUGUCUGUGUGAGCAUGUGUGUGUGUACUUUAGGACUGGGUUCUCUUUAUGCCAGAUUAAAAGUAGAUGCUCUGCGUGCACAGGACUGUGGAAGCAUGGAGGACUGGCAUGCAGUAGUAAAUGACACUAUCUGGAGAACACAAGGGUGCCUUUAGCUCAAUGUCUUGUCUAAUCUGAUCUGUUAUUUCUGAUAAUUGCUGGUAGCAGAGAUUUUGUAUAUGAAAUGGAAUAUGUGUAUAUUUUUGUACAUUUGUAUCAUUAUUUCAGUAGCUGCUGUUUGACCUUUUCUGAACAUUUCUAUUCUUAGGGUCUAAUACUCAGUGUAGCUAAUUGGCAGAGCUGAGCUGCGGUGUGGAGAAAACCCUUCCUUUAGCCUCCCGCUUGUUGUCUGAUGAGCAGCAUGGAUGUGUCCCUGAAGGAAAUGGGUGGUCCUUUCUCACUCACCUUUUCAACAGUAUUCCCUAACAUCACAUUUCUCAUCUUUUUCUCCGUUGUAUGUCCUUCUGGGAAAGGGAAGAUUCUAGUUUUAAUUGCUGCUUGCCAAGGUUAUUACUAUUUCUGAUCACCUUUCUUGGUCUUCUCUAUGUUAUACCCCUUUCUGUUAAGGGUAUGAGUCAGCGAAGACAUGGAAGUGUUAUGGUGAUAUUUAUCCCUAACUGCUUUCAGAAUAAUUGUAACUCUUUGCCUCUGUCAUUCAAGGGGCACCAACCUGACAUUUGGGAAGGACAUGAUACUUCAGCUGUAUAUAAGUUGCCACUGCUGGUGUUAAGGGGGUGUACCUUGAACACGGAGCUGGGGCUCUUUCUGCCUCUGUGUGUCUUUGUGCUAUUGACGUUAACAUUAGUCUGUUAUUUCUGCCCGCUGGAAUAGUUAAAUCUUCCUGCCUGUCCUCCCAGCUACAAACUUCUGGCUAUCUUCAAUAAUUCCGUAUCUUCAAAAACCUUAUUCACCAUACCUUUAUCCAAGCAGAACAAUAUCUUGGGAGUCAGGAGUUCAGAUGCCAUCUAGUAACUUCCCUCCACCCUGGAAAGCUGACAAGUUAUUUCUGUCCUUACUGAGUGGUUAAAAGAGAGAUCUAUAAAGGUCCUCUUACAUUCUAACCCUCUGAUGGUUUGACUUCGUUUUGUUUGUUUUUCAUCUGGAAAUCCAUGUCUGUAACAAAGAAAAGGAUGAUUGUGCAUUCUUGUUGGUCCCUUAAGGUAUGCUAUUAGGCCUGGGCAGCCUGAUUUCCUCAAUAAACGCAAAUUUGUUCAUUUCUCCUACAGCCUUGGAUCCAGUGAGUCAGUCUGUCUGGCACACCAGGGAGCUGAGCUAGCCUGCUGCGAUUUGGGUUCCUCUUCCUCCUCUAUUUCUCCAUUUUUCUCAUUUGUCUGAUUUCUAGCAGUUGGGUAGAUACCCGCAUUUGCUCAGCAGUGCAAGAUCCUUUCUGACGCAGGGGCCAACAUUCACAGAUACUGUUUUGAUCUGUGGGUUGUGCUUCUGGAAAAGAAGAGGAAGAGCAGGGCUUCUUCUGACACUUCAGACUUCGCUGGUUCUUCAAUGAAGAAAUACUUAUGUUGUUACAUCUUAAUUAUUAAAGCCUCUUUUUCUCCCAAAAGAAGAGGCUUUGAUGUGGGAACCUCUAUUAACUUCUUUGUAUCAGUGCUCUUGUCAGGGAGCUUCAGUUUUUUAUUAAUUUACUUCAGUGCUGCUAGCACUCCAUGAUCGCGUAAUCAACUUUCUGUGCCAUUAGCAAGCUGUUCCUCAACUCUUUUGGCCAACUUAGCAAGUUAAUGUAAAAACCAUAAUAAAGAUUAUACUGUCUUCCUCAA